UGCUCGGACGAUCUUUCGAUUAGAGCAUAUAACCAUGAGAUCUCUCUCUUGGCUUCUCUUUACGAUUUUCAGUUUGUUAUCGUCGUGUUUACUGCUCGUGAGAACUUCAGAAACCGACGGAGUCGAGACCCAAGAUAGCGCUUCAAUACCCGGUCAUCUAGAACCGCUUGGUUCAAGAAACACAAAGCACUCUUUGGAAGUAAUCCAGAAUUAUCCCGACCCAAAAACCUUCUUUGAGACAUAUGUGGUUCCUAGCAAGCCAGUUCUCAUUCAAAACGCCGCAAAAUUGUCGACAGCUUUCUAUAAAUGGAGUGAUGAAUACUUCUUGUCUCGUCCCGAAGCGAGCAAAGAAAAAAUACAAGUAGAGAAAAGAAAGAAAGAGGAACGGACAGCACCUUACGAGGAAAUUCCCUUCAGCGAAUUCGUUGAAGGUUACAAGGAGAAAGAAAUCUAUAUGGUGAGCUCUGUUCCCGAGUUUAUGAAAAGCGAUGUUCUUCUUCCCUCUCCUCUGUUGUGCCGUGAUGUAACAGAAACGUCGGACAUGUUAACUGAUGCUGUGAUGUGGUUUAGCAGCGGAGGAACUAAGUCUGUUCUACAUUUUGACGAUGGACUGGAAAACAUCAACUGCUUGUUUGCUGGAACAAAGGAAUUAUUAUUCAUAGAUUAUCACAAGUAUAAACAUGUGGUUCCCAUCGACUUCCCGGAAGGAAGAUACUCUGGUGUUGAUGUUGAUAGAGUAGACUUUGUGAAGUAUCCUGGUCUCAUUGAUGUCGAAUACUACAAUGUGACGUUGAAAGCCGGAGACUGUUUGUAUAUCCCUCACAGAUGGUUUCACCAAGUUCGUUCAUAUGAUCGCAACAUAGCAGUUAAUCUAUGGUGGCAGCAUAAAGCAAACUUCGUUCCAAAGGAUUGUGAAGGAAUGGAACAAAAUCAAACCCUGGAAAAAUUUACGUUCACCACUCUAGAGAAACUCAUCGAACAACCAGAGGAAACUUUGAUGAAUCAUUUGAAACACUUUCUCGGCAAGAAUGACCACAUUUCAUUCAAGACAUUUGUCAAAAAACUAAGAAAGGAUCCUUAUUUUGGUAAUAAUAACAUCUUGACGUGGACCGAGGACAUGAAAUCAACAACCAAAAAGCUCUUCAAAUUGAUGGACACAGACGAGGACAAGUCUUUCUCUUCGGCUGAUCUUGAAGAACUAGUAAAAGCUGAUGAUGAAACCAUACGCGCCCUGACAAAUGAAUACUUCAGGCUUGGUGACCUGAUGGAGCACGCUCAGGAGAAACUUCAAGAAAACAAUGAGUUGUAUGAAGAGGAUUAUGAAGACGGUGCAGGAGAUGGAGAUUAUGACAUUCAGCCAGUGAAAAGGUCUGGAAAACAAAACUCCAAAGAGGAACUUUGAGGAACAGUUUAGAUAUGAAAUA